UAACUGCUCUCAGACAUGAUGAGUGUCCCUGCCUUGGAGAAGGACCGUGAGAACAUUACGCAUGAAUUGCUUUCAAACCUCAGCCACCCCAAGAGCUCUUCAAGGAAAUGGCUAGAGAACAAAGGCAGUGACAGAGUCUUUGUGAUCAUCCGUAGGCCUAAGCUCAAUCAAGAGAACUUUCCAGGUAUUCCCUGGGACUCCCUUCCAGAUGAGCUGCUCCUUCGAAUCUUUUCCUACCUGUGCCUCACUGGGCUAGUCAGGGUUUCCAGAGUUUGUAAAAGGUGGUACCGCCUCUCGCAAGACGGGUCUCUCUGGCAAACCCUUGACCUUGUAGGUAUAAAUCUGCACCCGGAUGUGACUGUCCGUUUGCUUUCUCGAGGGGUGAUUGCCUUCCGCUGCCCACGCUCGUUUAUGGAACAACCACUGAGUGAAAGGCUCAGCUCUUUUCCUGUAAAACACAUGGACCUGUCGAAUUCAGUUAUAAAUGUGUCAAGCCUCUAUGGAAUUCUGUCUGAGUGCUCCAAGUUACAGAAUCUAAGCCUGGAAGGCCUGCAGCUUUCGGAUCCCAUUGUCAACAGUCUUGCCCAGAAUGAAAACUUGGUGCGACUAAACCUUUGUGGGUGCUCUGGAUUUUCUGAGUCUGCCAUGGUGAAUCUGCUAAGCAGCUGUUGCAUACUGGAUGAACUGAAUCUCUCCUGGUGCUUUGAGUUUACUAAACAGCAUGUGAAAGCAGCUGUGGCACAUUUAUCAGCGACCAUCACCCAGCUCAACUUCAGUGGCUACCGAAACAACUUCCAGAAAACAGAUCUUCGUACCUUAAUUAGACGGUGCCCCAACCUUAUCCGCCUUGAUUUAAGUGACAGUAUCAUGAUAAAUCAAGACUGCUUUCCAGAUUUUUUUCAGCUCAACUACCUUCAACACCUCUCGCUCAGCCGGUGCUAUGAUAUAAUUCCCGAGAGUCUACUUGAACUUGGAGAAAUCGCCACACUAAAAACACUACAAAUUUUUGGAAUCAUGCCAGAAGUUAAGCUGCGGGCAUUAAGAGAAUCCCUUCCCCAUCUGCAGAUUAAUUGUGCCCAUUUCACCACCAUUGCAAGGCCAACUAUCAACAACAAGAAGAGCCCAGAGAUUUGGGGUAUCAAAUGCCGACUGACUGUGCAAACGUGCAUAGAAAGUGUUUGCCAUAGGCCGAUGUCAUCCCUUCCUUUGGAAUGAGGAACAGCAAAAUCCAGUUUCUGAAGACCUUGGUUACCUUUCCUAUUGGUUUUACCAUAACCCUCAUUGUAUAUAUAUGUUUAGAGAACCAUUUGUAAGGGAGAACUAUGAAGUAUUGCUUUUUCAAGAAUAUAGAGAUGUUUCCUUCAGUGCUAUACCCUCAGAUUCCAAGUGUUAGGUCUUUAAGUGAGCCUAUAAUUUCAAAAUAGCUUUUUAGAGCAAAAUUUGAGUCAUCUCUUCCAAGUGCCUUUCAGAUUAAGUCUAUUUAGA